AUGGCUCGUCUAUGCCCUUCUAUUCUAUGCGACAACAGCUGUGGUCACCUUCGUCGUCUUUCUUCCUAUAGACUGCGUUAUCGGUCUGUCUCGUGGAGACUUCAGCAGCGGUCACUUCGUCGACUUCCAGCAUACCGCCUUCCUUAUUCCUUUCAACAACUUCGUGUUUAG